GCGAGGCCCUAUCCAGUGGAGUCCCUCGCUAUCAGUCGUCUCUUUGUCCGCCACUCGUGUGCUUGACCAGCCAACGGACCAUCGCCCACCCGCCUAGCCUUUCAGUGGCGAAAGACUUCGCAACAUCGCCACUCUUUCCCAUUGGACCCUAACACUCGACGCGCCGGCGCGUUUACGGUCGAUCUCUGCCACUACACCUCCUUACUCUCACCUUCACCCUAACCCACGCGCCCAUUCUCGCCCUCAUUCACGCCCUCGCCCUCCCUUCCCACUACACCCUCGCCCACCCCCUAAGUUUCAAUAUCAUUCAGGCCUCACGCCCACCAUGCACAUCUACCACCCCUACAUGUACGACCGGCCCCUCCGCCCCUCUCCUCUGCGCGUCAGCACGACUGCGAGGUAUCGUACUCGACACGCCGAAAUGCGGCAUCGUACGCGGUACGCAGCACUGCGGUACUGGGAAGUCAAUCCUGCUGUUUUGGACGAUGGAAGUGAUACGGAGGUUGGGGAUGAGGACACCGUCAACAAAGAGAGAUGCGUAGACUCAGACGCCUCGCCACCACGUGCCUCCGACACCUCCGACGCCUCAACCUCGAAACACCCACAUGGCGCUGGUCCGAAGGACUCGAAAGACUCAUCCGCCUCAGCCUCGACAGACUCGCACGAGCCCGACUCAAAGGCCACCCUAGCCGAGGACGACCCCGACUCAGAAGACGAGGAGACCGGCGACCUGCGCGUCAUGCUACUGCGAAGGAUCUACGAGGCUGAGAAGGCGGCGGAGAAGGCGAGGAAGGAGGAAGCUGCGACAGCGCAGGCACGCAAGGACGAGGUGAGGAAGGCGUCUGAGGAGGUGAAGAAGGCAGCAGAGGAAACUGCGGCAGCGCAAGCACAAGAGGAUGCAGCGGCGGCGCAGGCACGCAAGGACGCAGCCGCCAAGCGAACGGCGGAGAGGGUGAAGAAGGUGGUGGACGCGGUGAGGGCGGCGAGGGAGAGGGGGAAGAAGCUGGAGGAGGAGAAGAGGAAGGUGGAGGAGGAGAGGAAGAGGGCGGAGGAGAGGGAGAGAGCGGAAGAGGAAGUGAUGAAGAAAGAGGUUGAGACGAACACGGUGGUUGUGGCGAAGACUGCGCGGCGAAAGGCUGCUUCUCCGGAGGUGCAAGAUUGGUGGAGCGCGAACAAUGUCUGGCGUCGGCCGUGAAUUCUCUAUCUUCGCUUAUUUGUCGUACUUAUCAAUUGACAGUCCUUUCCUUUUCGUAUGCUUGUCAUUCACGCUCUCUAUCUAUUGUAUGUACUGUAUGCCUCAUUGUAUUUAAGCCAUGCUAUCUCUUGAAGCGCA